UCAGUUUUGAAAAUCAAUUGUCACCGGUAACCGCCGGUUUCCAUCAUUGCUUGGCGGAGAUUAUUACUUUGCCCCACACAUUCACGUCUCACUCCUAAUCUCUUCUCUAUUUCCCGAGGCAACUUUCAUCCUUAUCGUCACCUCGCCGCCGUUCGUCGCAAUCUCCGGUCGCCUCUUCUCUCCUCCGAUUUCGGUGAGGUUGGAAUACACAAGGAGUCCCAUAGAAUGGCAGAUAAUGAUGGAGAAAAGAAUAACUCUCGUGGAAAUGAAUGGGAAGUUGUUUCACUCACUGCAUCGGCAUAUGAAGCUGCUCCGAAUGUGAAGGAAGAUGAAUCGACUGAUGAAAAUAACAGCAAUUUGUACGAAGCAGAAACUUCUCGUGCUCUUUUUAUGUCUAGGCACUUCGUAUUUCCACCGAGUCAGCACGAGAAUUUGCCAUUGGAACCCGAUAAUAGUGAGAUUCACAACGAUCAAGGAGGGAAGGAGAAUGUGGUCUCUGAUUCUGCUGCCGUAGAUGGUGGAAAACCUAGUAGAAAGAAUGAAGAUAGCUUGAAUUUGGAAGGGUUGGGUGAGACAGAUGAGUUUUCAGGGAUUGAUAAAACUACGGAGAAAGGCAGCAAGCUGUCUUUUCAUGGUGAUGAUUUUAGUGAAAAUACUACCUUGCCAGAUUUGAGCCUGGUUGACAAGGAGCAGGAUCCCUUUGGUGCUCCUACCUAUAGUUCCUUUCAUGGCGAAACUGAUCUUAGUUCAAUGAAUUUUGAUGAAAUUCCUCCAUUGGAAUCUAAUGAUCAAGUCUCAAGUCCAGAAAGCUUAGAAACUCCCAAGCUUGAUAACAAAAGCAAUAAGUCCAGUCUUCCUUGUGGUGCUUGGUGGAAGAGAAGAGCUGCUAAUUUAUACUCUCAUGCAAAAGAUGCGAAUGCAUUUUGGUCCAUUUUCAUUGCAGCAGCUGUUAUGGGACUCGUAAUACUUGGGCAACGCUGGCAGCAGGAAAGUUGGCAGACUCUGCAGCUGAAAUGGCAUAGUAGUGUGAAUGAUCAGAAGACUAACCGAGUGCUGGGACCAAUAACUCGGCUUAAAGAUGUGAUCGUGGGUGGCCAACGCCGUGGUUCGUCUAUCAAGUUUAGCCCCAGUGAGUUAUAAGAUGAUGACGAUAAGUGUAGCAAAGGAAGAAACAACGUGGAAGGAAGAGGUUCGUAAGUCAAAUACUUGAGCGUGUAUGGCUGUCUUUCAAAAUUUACACAAGUACUUUGGGAAACAUGUUGAAGUUUGAUUGUUUAAAUUAUAUCUUUUUUCUUGGUGGUAUAGUACCAUAUUGCAUUGUACAUUAGCUUAAUCAAUUGGGUGAAAUGUAAGUUUCAAAGGUCAUACUUAUAUCCCGAGGGGCUCAUUUUAUUUCGACUUCGUCGAGAAAUGACCCUGCAAAUCAGAUUGAAUGACACCAAGAUCAUCCUGUUCGUUUA